AUAUUUUAUUUCCAUAUAUAACUGAGCUUUCAACUUCCUCUAUUAAUUAUAUCUAUCCUCGUUUGCGCUAAAAUAGUUUAAUUCCUCUUUUAUCAUUAAUGAUGCCGCCUCCAGUACUUAGAUUUCUGCUAAGCACCGCCUCAUCUUCCCCACCGCCGGCCAAAUACACCUCCGCGGAUCCACCGUCGUCAUUUGCGCCGGUGGAGCCCGAUUAUGUCAUUAUCAUAGCAGCCCUGCUCUGUGGAGUUAUAUGCAUAAUCGGACUUAUCUCAGUAGCUCGAUGCGCUUGGCUCCGACGCACCGGAGGUCAGUCGGCAGCGGCGGCGAACAAAGGAUUGAAGAAGAAAGUUUUGCGAUCGCUGCCGAAGUUCAAGUUUGAUCCAGCUUCUUCAAGUACUGAAGCUGCAGCGGAGUGCGCCAUAUGUCUGGCGGAGUACACUAGAGGAGAUGAGAUUAAAGUUUUGCCUCAGUGUCGCCAUGGUUUUCAUGUUCACUGUAUUGACACGUGGCUUGGUUCACACUCGUCAUGCCCAACUUGCCGUCAGAUUCUCCAAACUGGUCGGUGCCGGAGGUGCGGCGAAUUCUCAGGCAAUUCAAACGCCGGUACUCAAAUUCAGGGACGGAAUUGCCUUACCUAAACAGUUCAAAUUCCAAUUGUUUUCUUCUCCUUCACGAAAUUAUACGCCACACAAAAAAAUAGGGUUGAAGAAUGUGGUCCCCAGGUUGGUGAAGUUACAAAAAUUAGUUUGUCUAGAAGCUAAAACAAGAGAGAGGAUAAAUAUGAAGGUUUCUUACUCUUAUGGAAAACAAGAAAGAAGGUUAACAAAUAGUUGUAAUUGUUCUCUUCUUUUCUAAACUUCAAGUUUAAGAUGUUUAAGUUUUAUGUUGCAACUUUGUUUUGUAAAUUAAUGUAUACUUGCUUUAACUUUUUAAGUUAUUACUUUCCUCCGUU